AAGAAAAUACAAAGAAGUAUAUUGGAGACAAGGGUAUCAGUUUUGAGGCUGCUGUCAUAGUCUAAGGUUGUGAGGUGUAAAAUAGGACAUGCUCCAGUGGAGACAGAGAAGAAACAGAUACAAAAGAUCUUAAGGAGAUGGGCCUCAGUAGCCAUUUGAAUUUAAAGAUAAGGGAGGCUGUUUCUCCAUUCAUAAUUCUGCGGAUGACAUUAGCACUUCUUCCUGUCAUAAGAGUCAACCAAGCAAUGUGAGCUUAGAGGAAGGGAGAUGAUGAUGAGAAAAUACAAAGGCGCUACUUAUUUUCUCAGAAAAGAAUUUCUGGGAAUUAAUUUCUGGAAAGGUGUCCCCAACAAAGGUAAUCAAUUCAGAAGUCCUUUCCAAAUGCUAAAGAACCUUUAGAGAAAACUACUCAUCUUCUGCAGGAAAGUCUUUGGAAAAAACAUCUCAGCACCAAUAUUCUUAGCCAACAUUGGUCAGAGAGGCUUAGUCAAAAAAAUGCUUCUUCCAUGCCUCACACUGAAAGAAAAUAAUAAAUGGAUAAGUUAAGAGAGUUUCAGGGUCCUAACACAAUCUUACUGUCUUACAGUGUUGUCUGGGAGACAAGGAUGGGAACUGUGACCUCACCAUGCAGAACACUAGAGUCACUGCCAUGAUCAAAGAUGAAAUCAGUCCAAAGGACUGACCCAGAUGCAGAGGAAGAGGAAAUAGAUGAGAGCAGACAAAAUUAUAGGAAACUAGAUAAAAACUAGGUCUGAUCUACUCCAUAGCCCUACCAGUAUCUACUAGACUUCUAUUAGAUCCUAUUAUAAUAAAGAGGGAGAACAGUUUCUCACCCAAAUCUAUAACCUCAGUGCCAGAACAAUCACUAUCCUGGGGAUUGGGGACUCCCAGAGCCCUAGAGCUUUAUGGAAUAUUAAGGACAUUCUCAUGGAAGGACUGGGGAGCCUCAGAUGGAGGAGAGAGUGAGGCUAGAAGACCUAGAAGACAGAAUGGAGUGGCAGGUUCCAUGACUUCCACAUCUCCAUAGCACAGUGCCACCUGAUCUCACCUUGGGGUUAUAGAGUCCCUCUGCCCUCCCAGAAACAGAGGGAAGGUGAAGCCUGAGCUACUGUGGUGCUACUGGUCACAGAGGGGUCUCAUACUGGCCUGAGAAUUAAGACUUGACAAUUUAGAGUUAGCCUUAGGAGGUUUCUAGAAGAGGAUUCAGUGUUGAGUGGCACCACUGGGACCCAAGAUUUUCUGAUCUAUAAUCUAUUGUGUAAAUGGAUAACCUACUCUUACAUGCCACUAUUCAUUGGUUACUGUAAGCAGAAAACCAUAGGCCCACACAGACACAAGCUGAUAUUUGGGGUCCCUAUUCUAUAGCAGGUAUUGGUGGUAGCUGCAUUAGUCAAAGAAGUCAGAAAAUCAGGGGCACUUCCCAAACAGAGCCCUCUCCUAUUUCUCAUGCUGGUCUGCAAGCAACUGAGAGUCCAAUCAGCCUCCCCUCCUCCUUGUAUUCCACCUCCACUCCCCACAGAUGGCUGGUACCCACCUCUUAGGAGCAGGAUCUGGCAUAUAGCCCCCCAAAAUCACAGGUGUAUUGUCAGAUCCAGUAUUCUAACGGCCAAUGUCACAGGGAAAGACCAGCCAGGUAACCAAUAUUUGUUCAGUAACCUCCUAUAAUAUUGGGCUGGGGCCUGGGAGGCCAACAAAGAAACUUGUCUAGAGACAAAGUCAGUGAUAUCCCCUAACACAUCCUGGAUUGCUGGAGAGUGGGAAACACAGAGUACAUCAGAUUUGCAGGAACUUAAUGACUUCAGUUUUGUUGGGCUUAAGGUGUAUGUGAUUUAUGAACUGUCUUUGUACAAACAGUGCCCAGGAUAGUCAUAUGUCAGCCAUAAGUCCUAUUAGUGUUUUCUUGAAGCCAUUUGAAUGUAAUAGCAUUCAAGGGCAUUUUUUUCCCAACCCUCUCCUUCAUAGGUCUCAAUGCAAUGUUCCCACCUCCCAAGUGCUCCUGUCCUCCGUCACUGGAUGAGAGUUCACCAUCUGCCAAAUAAUUUCAGCUCUUUCUACAUCUCCCCAUUCAGCAAUGCUAGGACUACUUGACAAUCUGUCUCCUGAACUCAUCCCAGGAACAGAUGCCUUUUUCCCCAUCUAUCCUAGAAAACUACUCAUGUGCUAAAUCUCAGUGGAAAUAUUUGAAGUAGUGGCUAAGAGCAAAAAUGCUGGAGCAAGACUAAUUUACUAUCCUAACUGCUAUUUACUAGCUAGCUGUGUGACCUUGGGCAAGUUACUUCAUUUCUUUGUGCCUUAGUUUUUACAAAGAUGGGGCAAAUAAUUGUACCUACUGCAAAUGCAUGUUGUGAGGCUAGGACUUAGAGUAGGGCCUGCACGUAGGAAACUCCAGAGCACUGUAGUCAGUACUGUUGUUAAGACUUUCCUGACUCCCCCUAACCCGCCCCACCCCAGAAAGGGGAACGGGCUCCUUUCUUUGUGCUCCCACCAUAUCUGGCGCUGACUUGGGUCGACACAAUUAUUUUAAUAAUACUCUGACAAAUGUUUGCAUCACUGUGUCUACUAGACUGUGAUCUCCUGGAGGGGAGCAGGGCUUUGUGGUUGUCCCUGCAUUGUCACCACAUGGCAUGAGGCCAGGCACAAAAGAGUCAGUCAGUUCUGCUAUAGAGCUGGUUUUGAAAUGCAGAUUUGUUCCAACCAAUUGAUAUAUUAGGGAACUGAGCAUAAUAUGAAUUUCAUGUCUGCUUAUAUGUGAUUCCAAUCUACAAGAAACUAGGUGAAUGAAGAAAACUGCACCCAGCUAAACCCAGCCACAUAGGAAAACCCAGCGUGCACACAUGCACACACGCAAACAUCCAUCAGCUGCCUCAGUUCACCACUUAUUUUAUGAGCCACACCCAUCCACAUCCGGUGUUACAACAUUCUACCUAAUUUCAGAUUAGUCUCUCCUUCUACCUCUUCACAAUAAUUCACAAGUUGCUUCCAACACUCACUUCCACAGGGAAAAUUCCAGGUCGUUUUCAAGGUAAAACAUCAUAUUUAUUGGUGUAUUUAUGUACUUUCUAACCAUUUAACAUGUGUAAAACAGUGCUACCAUUUUUAUUAGGUUCCUAUUCUUUUUUAAAUGUGUCACUGAUGAAAUUUUUUAAUGUUGUGCCCCUACUCUCAUUUUUCCUGUAAGCAUUAUCUUGCAUAGUGUUGUGAUUUUUAGGAUCAUAAUCAGUGGACUUGUGGUUGAUGACAACUAAUUCUUUCUUUCUUACCUUCAUGGAUACCUGAAACUGUAGGAGCCCCUGUUAGUCAGCAAACACCAUUUGGACCAGCACUUCUGUCCCGCAGUUAAAAGCAAAAAAUAUUUACUCAGAGACAACUAUAUGCCAGGCAUUGUAAUGAACAGUAAAGAUACUGUGGCUAAUAAGAAGCACUGCCUGUAACUCUUUCAGUCUACUGGGGGAGAGAAAGACAAGUAAUUACAACAAAGGGGAAUGGAUGCUAUUAAAGAGUAAAGCAAGGUCUUCUCUCCAGACUUCAGGGAGUCAGCAAAGACCUCCCAGAGGAAGUGUUCCUCUUUCCCAGAUCUUUCCACUCCCAUAAGUCAGUCUCUUUCCUUGUUGCCCCAUCUCUGCCUCAUUCUACUUCUUGAGUUACCAGGCCUAUCAACACUGAGCAAAAGACAAAACAGGGAAGAGUUAAUGUGGCACAGGUGGGAGGGGUAAAGGCCCUGAGGGAAGCAGGUAGAACAGCCACAUAAAGGGCCCCACUGGUCAAGGCAAAGAGAAUCUACCAACACAGUGAGAGCUCAGGAUCUUUCCCCAAUCAAGUCUGCUACUGCUUUCUUCCUCCUUCAUUUAUCCAUUCAACAUUUAUUAAGCUUCUGCUCCAGACUAGAUUCUGGGAGGAAUCAGUUCUCUUCACCUUGACUUCUCCAACAUCAGACAGAGAUGCUUCGUCUUACUAUGGCUGCUACUCUAAUGGGAUCCCCUUCUGGAUUGUGAAGAAGGAAAAGAGAGAAGUUCCUUUUUUACUGCCAUCUCUCUUUGUUGCUUCCCAGGACCAGCUUCGACUCUCCAGCUGGUGUUCAAGUUCACCAUUUCAGCAUCAAGUUAAAGACAAUGUAAGCACCCCACACCCUAAAAACCCACCAGAUUUUCUCCUGUCAUAUCAGGCUUCCAGCUUCACUCCAGGUCCUAUCUGCCUCCUCCUCCUGUUUCUCUCGUUCUACUAUCCUCCUUUCUUCAUGGAGGAUUGGUGCCCAGAAUGUUAAAGCUGAGCAACACCUAAACCUACCCCCAUUAGAGAGCUGAGGAAGCUGAGGCCCAGGAUACACAGUCAGGGACAGGACCAGCCUGAGGCCUGAUCCCCACCCAGUGCUAGCUUUCUCCUCAUCUCCGGAGACUGAGAUUGACUCUAUUUGGACCCUGAGGAAGAAAAACAUUCACUCAGCUCCACUUUCAGUUGACCUCCACUGGUGGGCUCUGACUACACCAGCCACUGCAGCAGUGACCCGCCCCCACCCUCCAUCUCAUUACCACUGUCUCCCAUUUCUCCCCAUACAACACUCAUGGGCUUUCAAGUGCAAAGGAUUCUCCCAUCCUACCUAGUGUUGUGACCUUGAUUAUCUAUCCAAAAGCCCAAAGGUUAUAACCCUGUGAUAACCCAGCCCUGCACAAUCCCUACACAUACUCCAUGGAUGGGUCUGUGCCAUUGUGACACCCCAAAACCCCUCCCUUUGUCCUUCCCCUAUUAAGAAUCAUGUAUCCAUGAACUCUAAGGCUUUGCCCCCCACAGGAUGGCAGAAGCUCCACAGCCCAACUCCACCUUCCCACGUCCAGUCUUCUUCAUACUGACUGGCAUUCCAGGGCUAGGGGGUGCCCAGGCCUGGCUGACAUUGGUCUUUGCACCCAUGUAUCUGCUGGCUCUGCUGGGCAAUGGAGCACUGCUGUUAGUGGUACAGGUAGAUUCCACACUGCACCAGCCCAUGUUUCUACUCCUGGCCAUGCUGGCAGCCACAGACCUGGGAUUAGCCACAUCGAUAGCCCCAGGGUUGCUAGCUGUGCUGUGGCUUGGGCCCCGUCCUGUGCCAUAUACUGCCUGUCUGGUCCAAAUGUUCUUUGUUCAUACAUUGACUGCUGUGGAAUCUGGUGUACUGUUGACCAUGGCCUGUGAUCGUGCUGUGGCUAUAGGGCGUCCACUGCACUACCCUAUCCUGGUCACCAAAGCCCGUGUAGGCUAUGCAGCCCUGGCACAUGCACUGAAAGCUUUGGCUAUUUGUGUGCCUUUCCCUCUAUUGGUGGCACGAUUUGAGCACUUCCAAGCCAAGACCAUAAACCAUGCCUAUUGUGCACACAUGGCAGUGGUGGAAUUGGUGAUAGGUAACACACGGGCCAACAACUUGUAUGGGCUGACACUUUCACUGGCUGUGUCAGGUGUAGAUAUUCUGGGCAUCGCUGGAUCUUAUGGGCUCAUUGCCCAUGCUGUGCUGCGGCUGCCUACCAGGGAGGCCCGUGCUAAGGCCUUUGGUACAUGCAGUUCCCAUAUCUGUGUCAUUCUGGCCUUCUACGUGCCUGGUCUCUUCUCCUACCUCACACACCGCUUUGGUCAUCACACUGUCCCAAAGCCUGUGCACAUCCUUCUCUCUAACAUCUAUUUGCUGCUGCCGCCUGCCCUUAACCCACUCAUUUAUGGGGUCCGCACCAAGCAAAUAAGGGACCGGUUCCUGGAAACCUUCACAUUCAGAAAAGGCCAAUGAAAACAAUGGAAGCUGGGAGUGGGUGUAGGGGGACAUUCAAAGGCAAAUCUGGGGUCUGGAUGUGUGGAUUAUGUCAACUUUGUCCCAUUGCAUACAACUAUGAUAAUCAACAGAUUUUUGCUGUGAAGCCCCUGCCUAGCCAUAUAACCUUUUUGGGAGGAGGCAGGGGGCUAUGUGUUACCAUGCAGGGAAAAUAAGAUUAAGAAUUACUGUGAGAUCAUAGUACAUAUUAAUGUAAAACUCCCCUCCUCACUACCCCCAUCAUUUUAACCUAAGUCUGCCCAUGUUACCUCACCAAAGCUCCUCUACAGAUCUUAAACCUGGGGGUCUAGGAGUGAUACUGCCUCUGGAGACAAGUAUUAAGAUACUUGUCUAGGGUCACAGCCCUCUCUCUUCCCAGAGCCAGGUUCUAUUUUAGCCAGUCCUUAUUGAAGGAGUCAUACGGGUUUAUCCCUCACUUCUAAGAAUCUGGAUAAUGCAUCCUAAGGUCCCAAUCUGGCCAGGACACUGAUCUUUAAGACAGUCUCAGGUCAGAGAAUCCUCUUGGUCUCUUAUGUAAUCACUAACUCCUUUAUUCUCCACUCCCUGCCAAAGUCUUAAGAAUUGAUGGCUAUAAGUUUUCUGCCUGGGCUUACAGCUUCAGAAGUCAGGGGUUCAACUGAGAUAAAUUUUGAUAUCUCAGAAAAUCAUUGUAAUCAUGUCAUCUGCUUGCCUGAGGUCCAGAGUCACGAUGGUCUCUUACCAACCUGCCUUUUGUAUAUCCUCAGCCAAGAAUGUAGAAUUCCCAAAGAAAAUCCUCAUCAGUAACCCCAUGUGUCCUGGCCAACACCACCAGAAGCACAUGAAGUUGGUACACUAUGAUGAAAUAGGAAUAUUUCACCCAGCUGCAGCUGCCAGAGAAUAGAGAUAUUAACAGGAAGUGUCAUGGUAUUACCCAACAGGGGUUUCACUUUCCACUCCACACUGGGGGGGACAUUGCACAAAAGAUCUUUCACACCAGCAUGGAGUCUAGAAUGAGUAUAAUCUCAGAAAGCAGAGAGUCACUGCUGAGUCACUGCUUGUAUGCAAAGCAGACCCAAGCUCUCCAGAAAAACUACCAUAACUGCAAGUAUUGGAAUUAGCCGUGAAGACCUGAAGCCGGGUGCAACACUGACCACUCAGCACAGAUAGCUGGACCACGUACCACGGAUACCAUAUAGGAGGCCACAGAUCUGAAAAAGCAGAUGAUGCCAUGUCCAGGGUCACAUCGGGUCUCACCAGGUCCUCAUUAACAAGGAACUAAAGAGAUCGCCCAGAAGUUCUAUAAGAUUUUCAGAGGUAUUGACAUACUCAAAUCAAGAGAAUGAAGAAAUCUACACUUUUUCUCAAGCGUGUGCUCAGUCAUUCUCUCAUGAAGCUCUGAGUUAAAAAGCCCUCCAAGCAAUGAUUUUUGUGGGUAACUGUGACAAAACACUAAUCCUAAUGGGUCACAGGUCUUUACAAUGUC